CACAUAUCUCGCAGAUAUAAACAGCGUCUCCCUCACGCCAAAGGAGAGAAGAGAGAGAGAAAGAUCUGAUCGGUAUUUUUGGUUCGUCGGAGAUCAGAAGAAUGAGCGGCGGCGACGAAAACAUGAGUGGUGGUGGAGAGAGACGUAAGGGAUCGGUGAAGUGGUUUGACACACAGAAAGGGUUUGGUUUCAUCACACCAGACGACGGUGGUGACGAUCUCUUCGUUCAUCAGUCUUCCAUCAGAUCUGAAGGCUUUCGUAGCCUUGCCGCCGACGAAUCCGUUGAGUUCGAUGUUGAGGUUGACAACACGGGCCGUCCCAAGGCUGUUGAAGUCUCUGGACCCAACGGUGCUCCCGUUCAAGGAAACAGCGCCGGUGGUUCAUAUGGCGGUGGACGCGGUGGUUUUGGCGGUGGAAGAGGUGGGGGACGUGGUGGUGGUUAUGGUGGUAGAGGAGGAGGAGGAGGCGGUGGACGUGGUGGUGCCGAUGGUACUUGCUUUAAGUGUGGUGAACCAGGUCACAUGGCGAGAGACUGUGGUGGUGGCUACGGAGGAGGUGGCGGUGGUAGAGGUGUCGGAGGCUGCUACACCUGUGGCGAGUCGGGACACUUUGCAAGGGAUUGCACUAGCGGUGGGCGUUGAAGCAAAACAAGACAAGCCGGGUGUUGAAGGGUAAAUCAGUCAUCUCACACAUGAAAAACGACGGUCCUUUUUCUUCUCAGCUGCCUUCUCUAUCAAAAAUAUACUAUUAUCUAUCUUUUGUUGUUAUCAAACUCUUCUUCAUGUUUUCGGAUUUUUAUUAAUUUAGGACAUGUGGUUUAAUUUAUGAUGCCUUUGUGAUUUGAGUAAGAAAAAGCUCGAUUGUUUUUUUUUUACUGCAAUGUUUAUCAAAAACUUUUUACUCAUCUAUCUGCUCUA